GUAAUGUGUGAGUUUCGUUAACUCUCACGUUUUAUAGGGAGCUAAAAAUUGGUGUAGACAAAGCAUUUUCUCUACUUCUUCCAGCUCAAAAAAGCUCUGAACAAUCCUAUCAAACCCUAUCUCAGCCCACCCAGGCAAACAUGGCACCGGCCAGGAAAUUCAUCCGGUUCAGCGGGUCAUCGCGGCGGACGGUGCCUCCAUCUCCGCCGCAACCCAGAAAGUACAAGACGAUCGCGGAGGUGCUGGCCAAGGCCGAGUACGCGGUGGUGGAGCGGGAGAGCUACAGCGACGUGAUCUGCGAGCAAUGCCGGUCCGGCGACAGUGCCGAUGAGCUGCUGCUGUGCGACAAAUGCGACAAGGGGUUCCACAUGAAUUGCCUGAGGCCGAUCGUCGUGAAGCUCCCAAUGGGGUCGUGGCUCUGCCCCAAGUGUUGUGAACACAGAAGAGUAAGAAAAUUUUCGCAGAAGAGGAUCAUAGACUUCUUCAGGAUCCAAAGGUCCAGUUGUGUCGAUGAGAAAUGCGGGUCUCCUCAAGCUCAAGACACUAGGAAGCGUCGGAAGCGUUCAGGGCCUUUGGUUAUGCAGAAGAAAAGGAGGAGACUCCUUCCAUUUACGCCAGUGGAGGAUCCCUCCCAAAGGUUGCAAGAAAUGGGUUCACUUGCUUCUGCUUUGACAGCACUAAACAUGGAGUUCAGUGAUGAUCUCACGUACUUACCAGGAUGGGCUCCUAGAUCGGCUAAUCAGGCAAAGCUUGAAAAAGGUGGCAUGCAGGUUCUUCCUAAAGAAGAUAUUGAAACUCUGGAGCACUGUAGAGCAAUGUCUAAAAGAGGCGAAUGGCCUCCUCUUCUAGUAGUUUUUGAUUCAUGUGAAGGCUUCACUGUAGAAGCUGAUGGUCCGAUUAAAGACAUGACAUUUAUUGCAGAGUACACCGGUGAUGUGGAUUACCUUAAGAACCGAGAAAAAGACGAUUGCGAUAGUAUGAUGACUCUUCUUCUAGCAAAUGAUUCAUCUAGAAGUCUUGUCAUCUGUCCUGAUAAACGUGGAAACAUUGCACGCUUUAUAAAUGGCAUCAACAACCACACCGCGGAUGGUAAAAAGAAGCAGAACUGUAAAUGCGUGAGGUACAAUGUGAACAGCGAGUGCAGGGUCUUUUUGGUUGCUACUCGUGAUAUUGCCAAGGGGGAAAGGCUCUAUUAUGACUAUAAUGGGUACGAGCAUGAAUAUCCUACUCAUCACUUCGUCUAAGUUGUCGCCAAAAAUGGGCCUGGACAUUACUAAUAAUGGAUUAUAAUAUAUUCCAUUCUACCAUUCAAAUUUUUCUCAUCUUCCGGGCGUUGGAGAAAUACCAACAAUUUUGUUUAUCCUUUGAAGUUACAGUAUGGUCUUCAUCUAACAAGCCGGCCUCUAUGCAGCAUAGUGAAAGUAGGACAAAGGAGGGAUUUUCCUGAAGUUUUGUAUUUUGGAAUUGUAGAUGCGCAAAAGUUCUAGCUAUAAAGCAAAUCUUCUUUGCAUUGCAACUGUGGGAAAAAAAGGCAAUUUCUUUGAUU